GUUCGUUGGUAGGUCGGGGCAGCCUAAAAAGCGUCCAAGAUGCUCGUCAAGGCCAGCGUGGCCCGGUCCCCGAACCAGCUCGCGCAGCACGUGCGCCAGAAGGUGCUCGUGGCCGCGGUAGCUAGGGGCGUGCCGACCAUCAAUGACCUCUUAAAAAGGGCCGACGAGGACAAGUCCGGUGCUCUAUCUUAUAAAGAAUUCUACACCACUCUGAGAAAAUUACUACAAUUAACAGCAGCGGCGGUGACCGACGACGCGGUGCGCCAGACCUUCAAGGUCAUCGACAAAACGGGCGACGGCGCGCUGUCGCGCGAGGAAUUUGCCACCUUCCUACGGGGCAAGAACACGUCGGACGAUGCUCAGUUAGUGGACUGCCUCGACGCGAAGAACAAGCUCGCGGCGCGCCAGGCGGCACUACGGAGAGAAGCGCGCCUGAAAUUGCUGCGGAAACGACUACGCAAGGCCGUGCAGCUCCACGGCUCCUUCUUCGAGAACCACAGCGUGGAAUGGUCCCUGGACGAGUUCUUGGACGUAGUACGCAACACGCUAGCAUUAGGCGCGCACGCCAUCACGGACGCCGACGUCGAGAUGGUGUUUCGCGAGCUGAGCGACGGCGACGCGCUCCACCCCGACGCCGUCGCGCGCUUCGUCAACCCCGAGAAACCAACGACGGAGAAGGAGAACGCCGCACCUCCAACACCAGCCCCGGACGCGCCGUCGCGCCUCGACGCGCUCUCGCGGCCGAAGCGCGUCCACGACAAGCCGCCUCCAUCGGAAGACGCGACGCCCUGGAAGGCCACGUCCAUCACGUCGCCGAUCCCGCCGCUGCCCCCCUCGCCGCGGACGCCCGGCGGGACGCGGCGGUCGCGGCCACCGGCGUCGCCGGGCGGACGGGCAGACGCGCUACUCGGCGCGCGCGACGCGCUGGGUCGCGCCGCCGAGGCGCUCGCCGCGAGCGACACGGCCGCCGAGGACGACCCCGCAGAAUUAGCGGUCGCCGUCGAGCAGCUGCGCCAGCUCUGCGUCCGCGUCGCCGCCGCGGCCGACGGCGUCGCGACGCUCGCCGCGACGAUCAAGCGGAAGCGGGGCGCGCAGAGCCUGGCGAAGUCCGUGUCCUUCUCCGACGACGUCGUGACGCCCUAA